ACAAAUUAUCAAACACUCCUAACCAAAAUAAUUUCCCUCUAAUCACUCCUUCACUUGUUCACUCAAACAAAACCUUCCUUCAUAUAUAAUGGCACCAGACAUCACCACCGCAGUCCUCAACACCACCGUGGAGAAACCCAAAGUUAACGGUGGUAAAGGCCGUGCUUUUGUGACUUUCCUAGCUGGAAACGCUGAUUACAUAAAAGGUGUUGUUGGUUUAGCCAAAGGGUUAAGAAAAACCAAAACUAUGUACCCUUUGGUUGUUGCAAUUUUACCUGAUGUUCCUCAAGAACAUCGUAAGAUCCUAGUUUCACAAGGUUGCAUUGUUAAGGAAAUUGCCCCUGUUUAUCCUCCACCUAACCAAACUCAAUUUGCUAUGGCUUAUUAUGUCAUCAAUUACUCCAAACUACGUAUUUUUGAGUUUGAGGAGUAUAGCAAGAUGAUUUACCUAGAUGGUGAUAUUCAAGUUUUUGAAAACAUUGACCAUCUAUUUGAUCUACCUGAUGACUACUUCUAUGCUGUGAUGGACUGUUUCUGUGAGAAAACUUGGAGUCACACCCCUCAGUAUAAGAUUGGAUACUGCCAACAAUGUCCUGAUAAGGUUCAAUGGCCUUCUGAUUUUGGGCCCAAACCUCCUCUCUAUUUCAAUGCUGGAAUGUUCGUUUUUCAGCCUAAUGUUGCCACAUAUCAUGAUCUCCUUGAAAAAGUCAAAAUUGUCAAACCAACUCCCUUUGCUGAACAGGACUUUUUGAACAUGUAUUUCAAGGAUAAAUACAAGCCUAUACCUAAUGUAUACAAUCUUGUCUUGGCUAUGCUGUGGCGUCACCCUGAGAAUGUUGAGCUAGAGAAAGUUCAAGUUGUUCACUAUUGUGCUGCGGGGUCUAAACCAUGGAGGUACACAGGGGAGGAAGAGAACAUGGACAGAGAAGACAUAAAAAUGUUGGUGAAGAAAUGGAAAGAGAUAUAUGAAGAUGAGACAUUAGAUUACAACAACAAUGUUAGAGUUGAACGUUUCACAGCUGCACUAUUAGAGGCUGGUGGGAUUAAGUCAGUGAUCUCCCCAAAUGCUGCUUAAUAUGCUUCACUAAUUAUUAAUUAAAUUAAUUAAUAAUAAAGUCUAUGAAGAUGAUCAACAAAGUAUUUGUAUCGUCUUAAUUUUACAUGUUUGUUUUGUUUUUCUGGAAAUUUUUAUAGUUUUUGAGAGGACUUUGUUUGUUUUUUAGGAGUCCCUUUUUUCUUUUUCUUUUUUUCUUGAUGAAAUCAGCCGUUACCUAAACGGUGCUGUGCUGUAGAUAUAUCUUUAAUUAAUAAUAAUAUUAUUGUUAUUAUUGUAA